UCUGUUUAUCUAGUAAGUUUAGUCAAAGGAAUAAAUGGCAUUAAUAUUACAAUCAUGGACUUUUUCAAUUUGAUGUUUGUUGUAGGAACCCUGAAUGGGAUGUGAAUCCUGGCUGCCAAGAGACCUCCAGUCAACAGUCUUAACCACUUCACCACACUGCAGCUCAUGAAUGUUCUGUUUCUACAGACUGACUGACAUGAUUCUCAGCGAUGAGGACUGUGUAUCACUGGCCUCCUCCCUCCAGUCACCAGACUGUCCUCUGACAGAGCUGCACCUGGAGGAGAUAUGGAUGCUUGAUGAGGAUGGUGACAUGAGGAUUGUCCUUGCUGCCCUGAGAGGUCCACACUGUAAACUGGAGACACUGAGGUUGAACUGGUGUGACCUGACGGAGGACAGUUGUAGAAAGUUGUCUUCAGCUCUCAGCUCAAACUGUCUGAGAGAGUUGGACCUGAGUCACAACGACCUGCAGGAUUCAGGAGUGAAGCUGCUCUCUGAUGGACUGAAGAGUCCACACUGUGUACUGGAGAUCCUGAGUCCUGAUGUGUAG